CUCCCUUUGAUCAACAACCUUUUGUCUAACAACAUUCCUUUCUAUUUUAGGUUGAAUUUUCUUACCCACCCCUGAUUCCAGGAGAUGGACACGAUAGUCCCACUAUACCUGAAGAGUGGAAGUACUUGCCCUUCCUUGCCUUACCAGAUGGCGCACACAACUACCAGGAAGAUACCGUGUUUUUUCACUUGCCUCCCAGAAAUGGAAAUGGAGCCACUGUAUAUGGUAUCUCUUGCUAUCGACAAAUUGAAGCCAAGGCAUUGAAAGUCCGGCACGCAGAUGUCACCAGAGAGACCGUGCAGAAGAGUGUCUGUGUUCUAAGCAAGCUGCCUCUCUAUGGCUUACUUCAAGCAAAACUUCAGCUCAUUACACACGCAUAUUUUGAAGAGAAGGAUUUUUCCCAAAUUUCCAUUCUAAAGGAACUCUAUGAACAUAUGAAUAGUUCCUUGGGAGGAACGUCACUGGAAGGAUCCCAGGUGUACCUUGGUCUGUCUCCUCGCGAUCUUGUGCUUCAUUUUCGACACAAGGUCUUAAUUCUGUUUAAGUUAAUUCUUCUUGAAAAAAAGGUUCUCUUUUAUAUUUCUCCAGUGAACAAGUUGGUGGGUGCCCUGAUGACCGUGUUAUCCCUCUUUCCAGGCAUGAUCGAGCAUGGUCUCAGUGACUGUUCUCAGUACAAGCCCCGAAAGAGCAUGUCUGAAGAUGCUGGGCUUCAGGAAAAUAACCCCCCUGCAGAUGAUUUUGUGUCCGUGUCUGCUCCCAACAUUUCAUACACCAGCUCGGAAACUGUCAAGAAAACCAUGACAGGAAGCCACGGAGGAGAUGCUGCCAUCAAGACAGAAGAACCUUUGUUCCCAGUAGAAGACAGCAGCAAAGGACAGGAACUCAGUGACAGCAAUCCGUACUUGAAACCUCCUUCUCGUCCGUCUCCAGAGUCUUCAGAAAGUGACUGGGAGACCUUGGAUCCUAGUGUCUUGGAGGACCCCACCUUGAAAGAAAGGGAGCCGGUGGGGUCAGAACAGACGAACUCGUUUCCAAAGGAGUCGGUGCCCUCAGACAGUGCUCCGAUCACUGUGCAGCCCCAAGCUAACGCGGGCCAGGUGGCCCUGAUACCAGGGCUGAUUUCGGGGCUAGAAGAGGACCGGUACGGCAUGCCCCUGGCCAUCUUCACGAAGGGGUAUCUGUGUCUGCCUUACAUGGCAUUGCAGCAGCAUCACCUUCUCUCUGAUGUCACCGUCCGGGGAUUUGUUGCUGGAGCUACUAACAUCCUUUUUCGACAACAGAAACACCUCAGUGAUGCCAUCGUGGAAGUAGAAGAAGCCCUGAUCCAGAUCCACGACCCAGAACUCAGGAAGCUGCUCAGCCCCACCACUGCCGACCUCAGGUUCGCAGACUACCUGGUGAAGCACGUGACUGAGAACCGGGACGACGUCUUCCUGGACGGCACGGGCUGGGAGGGGGGCGACGAGUGGAUCCGAGCCCAGUUUGCCGUCUACAUCCACGCGCUGCUGGCCGCCACGCUGCAGCCAGGUAAUGAAAAGAUCCUCUCGGACUAUGGGACAACCUUUGUGGCGGCAUGGAAGAACACGCACAACUACAGGGUCUGGAACAGCAACAGGCACCCGGCUCUCGCGGAAAUAAAUCCCAACCACCCCUUUCAAGGCCAGUACUCUGUGUCAGACAUGAAGCUAAGAUUCUCACAUUCUGUUCAAAACAGUGAGCGUGGCAAAAAAAUUGGAAGCGUCAUGGUCACAACCAGCCGGAAUGUUGUCCAGACAGGAAAAGCUGUCGGCCAGUCAGUGGGAGGAGCCCUUUCCAGCGCGAAGACGGCUAUGUCCUCUUGGCUUUCCACCUUCACCGGCUCCACCGCCCAGAGCCUCACUGAGCCGCCCCACGGGAAGCCCUGAGCACGGGGUCCAGAGGCUGCUGUUGCUGUCUUAGGUCGAAGUGUCCCCUGUCUGUUUGCUGCUCCCAGACUGUUCCUCUUCGUCGGCCGAAGGUCCACAGCGGGGGACCGAUGCGUCGAACUGUUUACAUGGACGGUCGCCCUCUUUCUAAAUGAAUGUCACAGGAUGCUGAAAAGAUGAAAUCACAACCAUAGCAGGGAUGGCUUUCCAGGUUGGGGUUUAAAUCGACUACUUCUAUUUCAGUCUGAGCCUCAUUAAAACACACAGUGUCCCUUCUAAUGAUUUUUCAAGUUCUGACAGUAUACACUUGUUUACUUAGGAAAGUUUUUACUUAUGUAAAUGUUGUUCUGUUUUGCUGUCUGAAUAGCUGGAUGGCCACUAUAAUUUAUUAGUGCUAAAAUUGUUAUAUUAGUAUUUUAAUUUCUCUGAAGUUGGCCCUAAAAUGUGCUUAUAAAGUUAAGGGGCUGUAAAGCCAGCCCUUGGUUAUUAUUUUUGCUGAGUUAUAUGAUGACUCUUUUUUGGUGGUUGGUUUUCUACCUACAAACUGUCAAUUCACUUCCUCCCAGAAACGUGAAAGUCACUGGUGGGGGUUCUGAGGACGCAGGGUUUGCUUCCUGUGUAAUUUAUUCUUUCCCACACUUGUUCUGAGGCCCAAGGAGUGUCGCUGUGCUUUUCCUUCUCUUCCAGUUGUUCAGGCAGAGCAGAGGGACAGGGAGUGGCGGGUGCCGGGCGACGGCGCCAUUGAGCAUGAGCAGGUAUUUAGGGCGAGGCUUUAGAAGAGCUUGUGUCAGUUCUGUCCACUCCAGUCGUGUUGUAAUCUCUUACACGCAUUUUAACCCCACGUUUGUGCCUUCUAUUUCUUCUUUUGACCGGUUUUCCAUUGGGUGUUUACAGACCUGCAGGUUUUUUCUUAGUCUUGUUCUUUGUAAGCUUUUCAAGGCUCUUGACUUUCCUACUUCCCUGAUGGGAAAUUCUGUGAUCGACCCCGUCUGAAAGUGUUUUUAAAAGGAAAGCAAGAUGAUCUGUAAAUAUUAAAUAGAAGUCUCAUCUUAGCUCACAUUUAGGAAAGCAAGACGCAGGACAGGAAAACUACAGCCGUGACACAUCAGUCAUGUUCAUAAUGGACAUCUGGUUUCAUUCAGAUACGUGCACGUGUGUGCUGUCUCCCGCAGAUUUCACACAGCUGGACCUCACGUGUCUGCGUGCUCGGCUCUCCUUGCUUUUCAUGGGGGUGUGGGAUGGGUGUUCUCAGGGAGUACGUACAGGGGACAGCCUGCUUUUUCAGUAACAAAGGACACUUGGAAACUACAUAGUGAGUAGGAUCUACACAUGAUACAAAGCAUAGUGGGGAGGUAGGGGGCCUAAUUAGGGAUGACACUUGGUUAUAUUUGAUUUACCCCUUAGGAAAUGUUUAUGUAACAUAAGUCCUUCUAGGGCAUGUGAAAUGGUCAUAGGACAUAAUCUAAAUAUCCCUAAAUUUUCCAGUUCGUGUUUCAACACAAGUCCAGCAAAUCUGAAAGCAUAUUUCCAUUUGGCUUGCGGUGGUGAACACACAAUGCAAUAUACAGAUGAUAUAUUACAGAAUUGUACACCUGAAACCUAUGUUAUUUUAUUGACCAGUGUCACACCAGUAAAUUCAGUAAAGUUUAAAAACAAAUAAUUAUAUAUAUAUAUAUAAAAAAGAAUUCAGUGAUGAUAAAUUAAAGGGCUUAUUGUGAAAACUCCAUUAAUUCCACUUCUGCUUGGAAAGUUUCCCUUCUCAGGAAAUAUUACUUAAAGAGAAGUAAAACCAAACAAACCCUAAAAAUGGCAUUUAAUCAGUUGCACUGAGACGGUGAAGGGUCCCUCCUCACAGCGUGUGGAUUCUGAGCCGCCUCACUGGUUGGAGUGACAGGGUAUUAGUGAGCUUGUUACCCCUGGACGGCCAGACGCUCCAGGGAGGAGCCCUGCGAGGGGUCGCCAGCAGCUGCGGCUCAUCCAUUAGUUCGAGUGGUUCGUGUGAUAGGAUCAACUCCCCUCUCUCUCAUCAAAAGCAGCCUGUCCACACUUUGAAUCCCACUGAAAUAUAAUUACAUGAAAUCUCACUUUGACUUAGUGUCACGUGUUCCCCAUUUAAUAUCCACCUUAAAUGAACUUUCUGUUAUUAAUGUUUCUAGUUAAGAGUUCAAUGUCAUUUAACUGGCUUUCAGCAUAAAGUGAAUAUUUCAGAAGAUAGAACUUUGGUCAUAGAAAUAGUCAAAAGACCGUAGCUCUCUUUCCUUCAGGUUCUGGGAGGCGUGGGGUUUUCAGGGAGCAGAGGCCAUUACGUUGUGGGCAGGGGCCUCAGGACAGCCAGCAUGGUUGACGGCAGGAAGCUGGGCCACUCGGCCUCUGAGCCGUGUGCAGAGGCUUGGUCUCUAGGCUCCAGCUGGGUGGCCAGCCCAGAAGCAGUAGCCUCCUUCAGUCACUGGCUCUGAGUCACAGGAGCCAACAUCAGGCCAUCUUCUGACAUGUCACUGUAAGGGUGUGUGUUUUGGUUGGCCGUGCUUGCUCCAGUCCUUUUGUGUCUAAGAACCGAGUAUGUGUAAGUAGGCCUAAGGGAACUAGGGUCAGCCAGGCCUUUGCAGGGUGUGCCCAGCACACAGCCUGCAUCUGUACCUUGACAGUGGCCUUCCUGUUUGUCUAGGUGACUUAAAAGCAGUGUUUGGGGAAAGUCCCUGGCAUACUUUAAUUCCUAUCAGGCACUGUCAUGCCAGUGACACAGGUAAGGAAAGAAAAGAGUUAAAGCUACUGUCUUGGUCUAGGUGAAUGAAAAAGUUGCAUGUCAGAGGAAGGCUUAGAGUUAUUUUGCAUCUGCAUUUGGUUCUUAUAACCUGUAUGAAUAGUCUGCCCCGAAUCCAUUCUGUGAUCUGUUAGCCUCCCAGCCGUAAAACAACCCCCAUCUCCUUUUUGCUGUAAGAAAUAGCAGCAAUAUCCUUGGGCAGCAAACCAGACCCUAUGACGUGAUUUCUGCAACCUUCUCUUGCUUUCUGAGUUCUGUAUCAAGCAUUGAAUUUUUUUUAGAAUAAUUUAGUUUGGAAACGCAAGGAGAAAGCAAAUUAGGAAGAGAGAGAAGUGAGAAGUCGGUGCAAGGCUGAGGAGUGAGUUACUUAUAAAAAUGUGAAUGGAAGUAUUUUGAGAGCCGUAUUUCCUACGCUAGAGGUAAGAAUUCUUUUAUAGAGGAGUUAAUGUUUUAAUCUGCUGGCGAUAAAUUUAAAAGGAAUUUGUGAAGUUACCUUCCUGCAGGCAGGCUUUGUCUUUAUUUUGUGUUUUGUGGAAGUUACAGCCAGUGGUGAUGAGUUUGGGAGCCCCCAACUCUGUGAGAUGCCAGGGGACAGAUCCCCAACCUCAUGAACUUGUGUCUGCUUCAGUUUGGGAAAGUAGCCUAUUCGGACGGUGUCCUUUUAUCAGGGAUUCAGUUCGGACUCGAAAUGGCAUCCACAUUUGCAUGCUCUGAUUCUGUGGCCAGAGGUGGCUCGCGUGCGUGGCCUUUCCCCGCUUCUGUGGUAGCCUUUCAGCACGCCAGAGACCGCAGCCCAGGUUUCUAGAAGGUGACUGUCGCUCCGUGGAGUGCAAGGUGCCCUGGGAGUUUUUUCAUUCCAAGUCUUUGAACUUCACAACAUUGGCAUUGUCUUUUCAUAAUUUCCAACAUUCCAUGCAUAGUUGUCAAGGACAAAGAAAAGGGAUGUGGGUCUUUGUUCUUUCCAUGUAAAUAACUUUGUACACAUGACUUCCCGCUUCGGUGUGUAGGAGAGUGAGCUAGCUCCCUUGUAGGGUGACUCCAAAUUACAAGUCUGUGCACGUAGAGGGGUUGAAUAUAUUUUGUAAAACUAAUGCAUUUGUAUUUCUGUGCUGUUCUAAAGUUUACCUUUUUACUUAAUUAAAGAUAUAGAAACUAUAUAUUUAAAUCAUGUGAAUGGGACACAAUUUAGGGGGUUUUCCAGUCUUAUUUCUCAUCAGCUUCUCACACACACAAAGUAUGCUGCUCAAAAUUUUUUUUUGUUUUGUAUGUGUGUGCAAUCUAAACAUUUGAACAUUUCAGUCAGGUACUGAGCCAGAAAAGGUGAUUGAAGUUUUUAGAAAGCUUCUGUGCUUAGGAAACACUUGGUUUGCUGGAAACAUGAAUAAUUUAUAGCUGGAAAAAUAGGAUGAAGACUUAUCUGUUUCAGGGCACUCGGUCAUUGGCCCCUAAACUUAGGAAGCAUUUGAUUAACAAGUCGGUAAAAGCAUUUGGUGGCUGCAAAAGUGGUUUAAAGAUUUGAGAUUCAAGUCUUUCUAUAAACCCUUUCUAGGGAAGUUUAGCUUAGAAAUCUCAGAAAGUUUUCCAAGAAAGUUUAUCUUGGCACAUGUUUGAUCCAAAAGGUAGUUUCCCUUUGCUCUAGUAAGUUUUAUCACCUGUAUCAGUUCUUUGUUUCUGUUGUCAUUUGUUUAAAAAGAAUGUUAAAAUUAUACAUCGAGUCUAAUCAUACUGAAUUGUAAAACUCCUACUGUAUCUUUAUUUUAAAGAAAAAUGAGAAUAAAAUUAUCCCGUUUGCCCUGCG